AUGAAUCGCGCUCGCGCCCGAAUCUAUGCAUAUUUGGCGCUUAUUCUGCUCAUUCGAUGGCGAAGUGCAAAACAACGUAAAGUUACGGAAGCGUUGAAAGUGCAAAGCAAAGAGGGUAUUAUGGCGACUGCGUUGCGAGUUGGCAAGCAGCAAUCCUGA